UGUCGUCAUCAGGGCGCGCCCAUGAGUACCAGGAAGUUUGCCACGUCACGUUGAGACGCAAACACCCACACUGGUGGUACCGAGGCCAUUCAAAAAUAUGCUUCAUUUCGAAAGGGAAUUGUGUCACUUGACAUGCUGGGCAACUUGUAGAAGAGUUUAAAAACCAAACUACAAUAUUUCAACGCGGAAACUAUCCUGUCGUCUGUUGUUUGCGGUUUACCGGUCGAGGUUGUGGAAUGCUGCUAGACGAGACCCCUCUGUUCGAUCCUGCUCUACUUGAGGAGUUAGACUGGAGCGAAAACAGUGCCUCCUUCUUCCCACUUAUCUCUCCUACUAACCCGGGAGAAGGCCUGGUGCUCAGGCCCCUAUGCACCGCCGACUUCAACAGGGGGUUCUUAAAGGUUUUGUCUCAAUUAACCGAGACAGGUGACAUCACUGCAGAACUGUUUAUAAAAAAAUUUGAGCACAUGAAAAAAACGGGAGACUACUAUGUGGUGGUGUUGGAAGACACCAAUCUGGGACAAAUUGUGGCCACGGCCACUUUGAUCACAGAGCAUAAAUUCAUUCAUUCUUGUGCAAAGAGAGGCAGAGUGGAAGAGGUGGUCGUCAGUGAUGUGUGCAGAGGCAAACAGCUUGGAAAACUGUUAAUGUCCACACUUGUGCUCCUCAGCAAAAAACUUGAUUGCUAUAAAAUUACACUGGAAUGUGCACCUAAAAAUGUGGCUUUCUACCAAAAGUUUGGUUACGCGGCUUCCGACGAGACUUACAUGCAGUGUCGCUUCUCCCACUGAGGACAUCUGUGCCUGGAAUACAACUCUGCACGACGCCCUCUGACGUCAGCCGAGGAGAACAAUGUGGUUUGGUGCGCAUCAUUUUUUAAGCUUUUGUAGUCAUCUAAAGAGCGUCUGAAGUCAACACUAACACAUGAUGAAGCCCUCCACCCACAUAACACCCCUAUUUUUCUUUGGGUAACCAUGGCUACCUCAUAUUGAUGGAGCUCUGAAGAAGGGAUCUAACUUUUCAUGUCCUAUUUUUUUCAGUUGUGACAGAAAAUACGACUGCAUUCUGCCACGAGUUCUGUGAAAAGUUAAGCCUUCUCUAUGGCUUUAAAGCAUCCAAUAAGUCAUGGACUAUAACCAAAGAGCCAUUCAUAAAACAUGAAUCUGUGCUGAAAAUAUCAGUCAUAUUGGUGAUGGUGAUAUUAUGUAUAUGGAAAAUUCACAUUUUAUACUGCCACAAUGAUUUUGUGGAUGGGGGUAUUGAUACAGAAUGAUUUGUAAAUGCAUGUUUGUUUUCUAGCUGGGCAUCAGAAAUGUAUUUAAUAUAAUUUAUUGCCAAAUAUGUACAGAACUAAAUAAAGAAAUCGGAAGAUGCAACAUGACAUCUUUAUGGCUUCUCAUUAAAUGGGCAUCCUCUCCAUUAUCCAAAUGUUCAUAAGAAGUGGUCAUUAAAAUAACUAUACAGACCUGGUGACAUGUAACUGCAUGUUUGUUGUGAAUAUCUCUACGGCUUACAUAUGAAAAAAGUUCUUAAAAUGUGGGUGCAGUAUAUAGUCAUGUGCUCCUUAUAGUCCAAAAAUUACAGUACAUUUU